CCUCCUAUUAACAGCGACACACACACACACACACACACACACACAGAGAGAGAGAGAGAGAGCCUACCGACGCGGGCAAUGGAGCAGUGGAGGAGCACAGCGGCGGAGGCGUCGUCUCGCAGCUUCACCAACAUCAACGGGACGAAUGCAAUAGUCGACGCCAUCACUGGCGCCCGCCAGCAGUACCGCCUGGCCGCCGAGGACUGCCGCAUGUUCCGCCCGGGCGUGCAUCCCCUGCCCAACGCCGGCCAGGGCGCUUCAGCAGGCGGCGACAUCAUCGACCUCGCCCUCGGCCGGAUCAAGCGCUUCAGCAGGUUCCACGCCGUAAUGGGCAACGUCUUCUCCCUCUGCGCUGACCACAUCGGGCUCCAGGGCAACGCGCCAUUGUGGCGCGACAGGUGGCAGCUCCACCACGCCGACGCUGCCCGCCACGCGGAGACGGCGCUGCACUGCCUACACUCCGCCAAGUCGCACGGCCAUGCGGCGCUCGGCGUCUUCCACGUCAUGCUCAGGCCGCCAUCGCCGCGAGCGGUCGCCCACGCCUGGGCACCGGCGGCCGAGCAGCUCCUGCGCGGCGCGAUGGACGAUCUGGCCAUGGCGGAGGCCGCGGUGGAGCGGAUGCGCCCGGCCAUUGUCGCCCAGUUCUUCGACGCCUCGAUGCUUCUGCAUGGCUGA